GGCAUCAUUUUCCUUCAAUCAAUAAUUAUCUAUCUCGACGUCACUUCGCUUACCAUUAGGUUUGGGGAGUCACUGCUGAGCUCAACAUUGCUAAAAAGGCACUGUGGACGCCAAACAUGGCCGAAACUCUUUUAGACAAAUCGUUGUCGAAAAUUAACAUUUUGUUUCGAUGCAGUGGCACCAACAUUGCCAUUGGCAAAGCUGCCCCGACUCACACUAAAAGGAACCGUUGCAUUUAUAGUUUUAACUUCAUUUGGCAAAACACUGAUGUUCUUGGAGCCAUUUACUGGUUUAUUUCUGGCUUAAAAAGCGGUAAAAGUUUCACUGAAUUAACUUUUAUUGCACCAUGUAUUAUUCUUAGUUUUCUAAGUGUUAUGAAGUCAAUAUCCAUUAUCAUUUAUGAGAAGAAAGUGUACCAACUUAUAAAGAAUUUAAGGAUGAUGGAAGCACACGAAAGAAAUCGAGAGAAUACUACAGAAAGAGGAAAGAUAACAGAGAAAGGAGUCAAUUUCUUGAAUCUGGUAAUCAAUGUGUUAUAUGUUUUCAAUAUGCUUGUGUUAGUAUGCUUUGCAUUAAAUCCACUUAUUCUGAUGAUAUUGAAUUACAUGAAGACGAACGAGAUAGAUUUUAUUUUGCCAUUCCCUAUUGCGUACCCGUUCGAUCCUUACAACAUCAAGGUUUGGCCAAUGGUGUACCUACGGCAGAUAUGGACAGAAAUUGUCGUGGUACUCAACACGAUCGCACCUGACUUCGUUUUCUGUAUCUUCUGCUCCCACAUAACGAUUCAGUUUAGAUUACUCCAGUAUGACAUUGAACACGUCAUAACGGGAACUCGAAAGUCGAUCUACAACGAUGAAAUGCGUGGCGGCAGAAUACGAAAUAAAUUAAUUGAAAUUAUAAAAUGGCAUCAGGAAUUGAUUACGUGCGUGAACCUAUUGGAAAACAUUUACUCUGUGUCGACGUUGUACAAUUUUAUAUCAAGCUCAGUUAUCAUUUGUCUCAGUGGAUUUAAUGUGACGGAAAACAAGGACAUCGUUCUAGUAAUUUCGUUCAUCGCGUUCCUCUUCAUGGGUUUGUUGCAAAUAUUCUUCUUCUGUUUCUUCGGAGACAUGUUGAUACAUGCGAGCAUUGAAGUGAGUGAUGCUGUCUACAAUAGCAAAUGGUACUUAGCUCCUCCAAAAAUGCGCAAGACUUUACUUCUAAUUCAAACUCGUGCCCAACUUCCUUGUAAGUUGACAGCAUACGGUUUCGCUGACGUCAGCCUCAAGGCAUUUAUGAAGGUUUUGAGCACUUCGUGGUCCUAUUUCGCUCUGCUUAAAACAAUUUACAGCACAAAAUGAUCAAGCAAUUUUGAAUAUCUCUCUAAACAUACUUAUUGUAGA